ACCUGUAGCAAGUCGUCACAAGCCAGUCCACAAUCGAGCCGUGUUUUCGAGCUUGCUUCUGGGCUAUCCGAUCCGGCGAGUCACGAUCGCGCUGGCCUGACUUCGCCAUGUACCGGAACCAGUACGACAAUGAUGUUACCGUGUGGAGCCCCCAGGGCCGGCUGCACCAAGUGGAGUACGCUAUGGAGGCCGUGAAACAGGGCUCGGCCACCAUCGGCCUCAAGAGCGAUACCCACGCCGUGCUGCUGGCCCUGAAGAGAGCCUCUUCCGAGCUGUCGGCGCACCAGAAGAAGAUCAUCCCUAUCGACAACCAUGUCGGUGUCUCCAUCGCGGGUCUGACGGCUGACGCGCGCCUGCUGAGCAAGUUCAUGCGCUCCGAGUGCCUUAGCAACCGUUAUGCGCAUGACACACCUUUGCCCAUCAGCCGACUCGUCACACUGCUCGGAAACAAAAUGCAGGUGUGCACUCAGCGCUACGACCGUCGUCCUUAUGGAGUAGGCCUCCUGGUAGCUGGAUAUGAUGACAUGGGUGCACACAUCUAUCAGACGUGCCCCUCUGCCAACUUCUUUGACUGCAAGGCCAUGGCCAUUGGUGCCCGCUCUCAGUCGGCCCGCACAUACCUAGAGAAGCACUUAGACGAGUUCAAGUCAUGCAAUUUGGAGGAGCUCGUGAAACAUGGCCUGCGGGCGCUGCGCGACUGCCUGCCCAACGAGGUGGAACUGUCCACCAAGAAUGUCUCGAUUGCCAUCGUGGGCAAAGACCAGGACUUCACCAUCUAUGACGACGACCGUGUUGCCCCUUACCUGGCGUCCAUCGAGGGUGAAGAAGACCGCCGGCCACCACCUGGCGAUGAUGAUGCUCCUCCUGCCGCUCCGUCAGAUGACAAAGACAAAAAGAGCCCAGCUGACCCAACAGUCGCUGUAGCCACUGAGGAACGCAUGGAGCACUGACAUUGCGCUUUAGCACUUCAGUACACACUUGGCUUUGUCUUCUUUUGGCUAAUAAAUGCUCUUACACAAAUA